CUCCUAAAGCUAAUUUCUCAGAAGCCAAGGGGAAGAGAGAGGGGUCAUCCUUGUUCUGUUCCAUAAGUGAUGCUUGACAAGGCGUUUAAAAGGAAAAGGCAGAAUGAACCCCCACCUGAACCGUCAAAUGAGUUAACCCAUGUUCCCUAUGGGAGGGCUGAAGAAAAAUGCAGUAAAAUCCAAUUUUGCCAAAAUGCUGCAUGCAGAGCUUUUUUAAGUCAAGAUGAUAUCUUUUGCAAGAGAUGUUCUUACUGUAUUUGUCAUCAGUCUGAUGAUAACAAGGAUCCUAGUCUAUGGUUAACGUGGGAAUUUGAUUCUCUUGAUGAGAAUGAGUCAUGUGGAAUAUCAUGCCAUCUUGACUGUGCUUUGACAGAUGAAAGAGCUGGCAUCAUUAAGAGCAAUUGUUCUGUGAAGUUUGAUGGAAAUUUCUAUUGCGCUGCUUGUGGGAAGAUAAAUGGACUAAUGAGAAUUUGGCACUGGAAAUCUACUAAGAAUGCUUGUCCAGAUAACCCAACUUUCAUUGCAUUGAGGCCACAAAAAAGAUUUAAGAUAAUGGAUCUCAACCCUUCAGUUGAGUAUUUCUGCAAAGUUUCUCUUUUUAGCAGCAAGGAGAAGGUAGGUGUAUGGGAGGCAAAAUGGGUAACACCUGCUUCAAGUGAAAAUUGUAUUGCAGCUUUAGUACAUGAAAAGGAAGAAACUCUUAGAACAGCUCAAAUUUAUUCUCAAGUGAACUCAACUAACUCAAGCAACACUGAGCUAGCCUUUGAAGAGCAUGAUGCAAAGCUUCCAACAUUUGACGAAGCAAGCAAGUGUAUGAAUGAUGGGUUGCAUUCACCCCAUUUCUUGGAAAAAGUUCCUCCUUUGAGUCCCUCAUCACUUUAUCCUUCUACACCUUGUAAGUUGCAAACAACAAGGGAGUUACCUGGCGCUCACUGUAAAAAGAGCUUGGAGGAGAGUGACUAUGAGUAUGCCGUAAGAAUGGUAAAGUGGUUAGAGCACGAAAGGCACAUGGACAAGGAUUUUAGAGUUAAGUUCCUUACGUGAUUCAGCCACAAAGCAACAAAACAAGAGAGAAGGGUGAUCAGUGUUUUUGUGGAUGCUUUGAUCGGUGACCCAGUAGGCUUGGCUGAACAGAUAAGUCAUACCUUCAUGGAUGAGAUCUAUUGUGAGCAAAAAACAAUUCUGGGCAUAGGUUCUGUGCUAGAUUAUGGCAUUAAAGUAGAAUAGGAGAA